AUGACUAGACCCUCGGUCCUGCUAUUCCUCGGGCUGGUUGCCGUAGCCCUCGGCGCGUUCGAGUCGGAUUUGGACGGGAUUCUCGACGCCUUCUACGUCUGCAAAGACUUUUACUACUACAAAUCCGGCGUGUACAGCACGGACUGCGACCCGAAUAAUCCGGACUAUGAGGGAGGGCAUGCGGUGACGAUUGUUGGAUACGGCACUAGCCCGCAGGGAGUUCCCUACUGGCUCGUCCGCAACUCGUACAUGAUGAGGCCGUUGCUGAUCUUGGGCUGGCUCGUACUUGCCGCUUGCGCUUCCAAGCAUCAUCAUGAGAAAGACCCUGACAACCUCCUCGAUGACACCGAGCACCAAGAGUUCAAGAACUUCAAGAACCGGUUC